AAGAUAAGCAUAGAUGGCCUGAACCAAAUUAGAACCAAAUUACGAUAUAAAAAAUAUUUCACGUUAAUUACAUCCUAAUAAAACGUAGGCUAAUACAGUUAAGGUCUGAAAAUGUUUCAAAUAUGAUGGCCUGAAUGUUGUCAUGCACGAUAAAACAGGUUCUCGUUCAUGCACAUGGUUUAUCCCACUCGAAUGUUUGAUUAACCGUCAUUGAGCUGCGGAGUGAUCAGGAGACAUUUUCGGAAAAUGAAGUGUAUUCGAUGUCACACGCUGUGUGAGGUGGGACAGCGGUUUUGCUUGAGAUGCAAAGCAGUCGUCGAGGAAGAGGGAGAGCCUUGCAGUCUAAACGAUGUGACCUUUGACCGGGUUAGGAGUGGGGCGACUGAAGACACCCUGCCAAUGGAUAGCUCCUCAGAUGAAGAGGACUUCCAAGAUGCAAGUGAUCUAUUCCUUGACUUAUAUCCUGGGAAAGAUGAGGACACAUCUCAGAGAGUACAAGCUGACAGUCUGGAGACAGAGCCAUCUCAACAGAUGGAUGCUGCUGUAGCAGAGCCCACCUCCCCCGGAGAGAUAACAGUUCACUAUGUUGGCAGUGACUCUGUUUCUCUGAGCUGGCGCCCUUCUGACCGGCGGUACGCGUUGACCUACUCCUGCAACACCCAGAGAGAGAUCCGUUCCAUCCAAGGUUCCAGCAGCGCUGUUGUGGAAGGCCUUUAUCCAGGGACGGAGUACACAUUCAGCGUCACACCGGUCACAGAAGAUAGCAAUCUGAGCGCGGUGACCACAAUGUCCAUGUAUACGAAACCUCUGCCACCUGAAAGAGUAAAGAUUGACCAAGUCAGCAGUGAAUCAGUGUCUCUGGGUUGGGACAAACCGAUUGGUGUCACUGAGGCAUGUCUCGUGACCUGUUCCUGUGAUGGGGAGGAAGUCCAGAAGAUAACAACAGAGUCCAACACCCUGACGUUCUCCAGUCUGAGCCCAGGUGUCAAGUACUCCUUUCACGUCUCUACGGUGCUGAAGAACGGGACCCAAAGCAAGUCGGCUGUGACAUAUGGCCGCACAAAAACCCACCUGGAGAGUUUGCUGCUGGACCUGGGGUUGGAGCAGCACUACACAGAGAAGCUGGACCUUAGCACCGUGCUGCAGAUCGAUGAGAAGACUGUCACCGAUGAACCUGCUCAGACUCUCUCAGCCCUGCCAUGGAUUUUCCUAAAGAGGUUAAUGAUGGUGAAUGUGACUGCUAGGAGUGUGAAAUGUACCUCAAUAGGAGGCGAGGCAAGUUGUGAUGCUUCAUUUUGCAACAUAGAUCUAGAUCUGGAGAGUGUGGUUGAUAACCUGGACUCUAGUAAUGUUGUAAACCCCUUAGACAUUGUGACUGCUCUCUUUCUGUGUUCCAAUGGUUUUCUCCAGCAAGAGAUGGUUUUGAAAAUGUCAAUGUGUCAGUUUUCAGUGCCCCUGCUUCUCCACAAUUGUGACACAGAAGAGUGUACGCUAAUGCUCUGGGCCAUGAGAGACAUUGUCAAGAAGUUCAGACCGCAUUCAUUGGCAGAUUCCAGAGGAUUUGUUGAAGACAGGAUUGUUCUCUCUGACCUCCCCAUGGUCUCUUUUGUCAGAUUGGGCGAGUGCUCUCUGUCCAAGUCUCUGAUUCUAAACAAGCUGCUGAGUAAUCCUCAACAGUAUCACGACACGUUUGUCCACCACGACAUGGAAUGUGGCGAUAGCCCAAGGAGAAUAUCCAACGGAUUGGUUGAGAUAAGCUGGUACCUCCCAAGUGGGAAAAAAAACAUUGAUAUUUUUGGUGAAGCUAUUGCUGUAACCAAUCUUAGAGGGGACAUCCGUUCUUUUGAAACACAAUAUUCCUUUCUUUGCCAGACGUCUGCAGCAGUCUUUGUGUUCUUUGACAACCUGGACACCAAGUACAAGCUACUGACCAGCCAACACACCAAGGCUCAAUUGUUUCUAGUGGGUAACACACAGAGCAAGAGCUUCAGCAUUGAUGCGUUGAAAAGAACAGCAGCAGAGUUGAACUUGAAAAAAAGCAGCAUCAUCCUGAAGACCAAACAGAUGAAUGAGGCAGACUUUGUGAAGAACCUGCGAAACACAGUUGGUGAGUUGAUUAAGAAUUCAAAGUCCAAAAUGCCAUUGGAGCAGAUGGCUGAAGUGGCGCAUGAGCUUGGAAUACUGGUUGAUGAGGACUACAAAGAAUGUCAGAGUGCCAAGAUAAAUGCUGACGCAAUCACGUCAAAAAUUUACGACACACCACAGUAUAAGGAAAGUCAGCUUCCCUUGCAAGGACAGAUUUGGAAGGAGCUGGCACGUAUAGAGAAGGAGGAAUGCAGACUGCGGAAAGCUGGGAACCAGAACCUGGAGAUGUACAAAAGUGAACUCCAAACAGACAAGAGACAACUUAGGGAACAGCAAAGGAGAUAUGACAUUUCAGAGGCAAUGACCUGCUUCAUAAAUGCAAUAUCAUGCACAGGGCUAGAAAGGACCUAUUUCGUGAAAUGGAUGAGAAUGAACCUGGACAAUCUGGCUCGUAAAAACCUUUCUGGCCUUAGAGAGCUGUACAAAGAAAAGUCUCAGAAUUCAUCUGAAAACAAAGAUGAAAUUGCAGACCUUGACAGACAGAUUUCAAACAGUUCUUUGGGAACUGAGCAUUUCCUACGUGAAAUGGGUCAACUGUAUGAAUCUGCAGUCUUACUGGAAGAACCUGAAGAGUCAAGGCAACAACUGAAGCACCUGCCCAGACUAUGUGCUGAGUUGCUUCUGGAUGGGUUUCCUCUGGAGCUGGUGGAUGGAGACGCGUCUAACAUACCUCUGAGAUGGGUGAGUGAUGUGCUGCAUCAGCUCAAUGUCUUGGUGCAACCGAAGAGCAAGAUCCUGGUGGUAACUGUUCUAGGUGUUCAGAGCACGGGAAAGUCCACUCUAUUGAACACAAUGUUUGGAGUGCAGUUCGCAGUCAGUAGCGGCAGAUGCACAAGAGGGGCCUUUAUGCUGCUCAUCAAAGUCAAAGACGACUUCAAAAAGGAGCUGAACUGCGACUUCUUAGUGAUCAUCGACACAGAAGGGCUGAAGUCGCCAGAGCUGGCACAGCUUGAUGACAGCUACGAGCAUGACAAUGAGCUAGCCACACUUGUUGUCGGGCUGAGUGAUGUCACUAUAAUCAAUAUUGCCAUGGAGAACUCGACCGAGAUGAAGGAUAUCCUGCAGAUCGUGGUCCACGCUUUUCUCCGGAUGAAAGAGGUGGGAAAGAAACCCAAGUGUCAGUUUGUCCACCAGAACGUGGCAGAUGUCUCGGCACAUGAUAAGAACAUGAGAGACCGGAAAAUGCUGCUGGAGCAAUUAAACGAGAUGACCCAGGCAGCAGCCAGAAUGGAAAACAAGGAGGAGAACAAGAGCUUCACUGAUGUGAUGGAGUACAACCCAGAGACUGGUAACUGGUACAUCCCUGGACUUUGGCACGGAAACCCUCCAAUGGCACCCGUCAACGCCGGUUACAGCGAGUCUGUAUAUGAGUUCAAAAAGAACAUGAUCGAGGUCUUCCAGAACUGUGAAGCCUCUGGGAACAACAUCCUGGACUUUCUGGAGUGGACAAAAAGCCUGUGGAAUGCUGUGAAGUAUGAAAACUUCAUCUUCAGCUUCAGAAACAGCCUGGUGGCUGAUGCCUACAUGAAGCUGUGUGUUGAGUUCAGUAAGUGGGAAUGGUCAUUCAGAAAGCACAUGCACACAUGGAUGACAAAUGCUGAAACGAGGAUUUCCAACUUCGGAACAAUAGCAAUGAAAUAUCAAACAGGAGACGUGAGGGAUUUUCUCCAUCAUUUGAAAAGUGAAGCCUCCAUAGAACUCGUCCAAUGGGAGAAGACCCUUCUUGACAACCUAACCAAGUACUUUGAACAGGCAGAUGGACAUGUCUACUUGGUGGAGAGAUACAGAGAGGAUUUCGCAAACAGCACCAAAAGUCUUAAAAGGGAGAUAGAAAACUCUGUUUUGAGUAAACUGGGCGCUGAUGUUGAGAUUCAACAAGGAAUGAACAAGCUUGCCACAAUCAAGAAGAACUACACAGCGGUGAUGGAGGAGAAGGUGCUGAAGUUGGUUGAGAACUGCAGAGAGAACAAAUGUCAGAGGCCAGAUCAGGAGCUUGACAGAGAAUUUGAAAAAGUGUGGGAGGAAACUGUGCAGGAGCUCUCUUUUACAGGAUUGAAGAAAAUAGACAUUGUGAGCCAUGUUUUAAGCCAGCUCCGGUCUAACAUGAUGCAGAAGGCAGUGAAUAAAAAGUUGAACAAUGUGAAACUUGAAGAUCAUGGAACAAAACCCUUCAUAGUCUCUCCAGGGGGGUUCUUAAAGAAGUUAGUGAAUAGCAUUUACAUGAAUGAGAACACAAGAAAAACCCAGGCCAUGGCAGACAACCUCAUAGACAAAUGCAACGAAUUUGUGAGAGAGACUGUUCAAAAUAAGACAAACUACCAUGACACAUACAUUCAAGAGAUCCUGCACAUGAUUGAAGAGAAGUUGGAAGCCAACAAAAAUCUUGGGACAAGCAAUAAAUUUGAACUCUCCAUUAAAUUGUACAUUUGUGGGUUUGCAUCCAGGGCUUUCCAAGCAAUGCAUGAACAGUUCAUAUGUGAAAACAAUCCUCGUUGGUGCCUUGAACAGUUCAAAGGUAAAUACUUGGCAGACUUCAAAGACUUGUUCAGUGGACAAGAUCAGUGUCAGAAGAAAGCUGCAGAGUUCACCAACCUGUGUCUCAGACCUGCAGUAGAAGCCUGUGUCACCAAUUCUCUGGGUCUAGAAAUUGUUGAUGUCAUGUUGACGGGACAGAAUGCCUUUCAAUUCAGCUCUCGGACAUUUUUCCAGUACUCUAUCCUGAAGCAACUGCUGUCAGCAUUCAACUUUGACGACUAUGUGAGCUACAUUUGUCACUAUGAAGCUUUUGUCAAGAAUUGGAUUUUGAAUGAAAUCUUGAAACGCUUUUCACAAGGGAACAAAAUGUUUGAAUUGGAGAAGUAUCAACUCAAUGGGAUUAUCAAAGGAAUCAAUGAGGCAAUCUCAAAGGCACAGACUAAUGAGAAUGACAACAUAAAGGAAUUCCUUCAGGACAUAUGCAGGGAACUUGGAGAGAAGCUGGUCAUUCCCCAAGAUGCGUUGGAAGCCACUAUGAUCCUCAACAAUUCCAAACAGGAACAGUUUGCCCACUGGCUCAAAACGUCUGUGGUGGAGAUGGAACAGUCUCUGACAGAAGAAUUCCAAAAAGCAGGGGAUGUGAAAACGAAAUUGAAAAGACAGAAAAUCAAGCCUCAGAACGAGCUGUUCACAAGAGUGUUUGGCUGCGGGAAGCAGUGUCCAUUCUGCGGGGCACCAUGUGAGGCAGGAGGGGAGGCCCACAAUGAGCACUGUGCCUCAAUACACCGACCACAGGGACUUGGUCAGUUCAGGUUUAAUGUCUCAAUGAAACUUUGCACUGACAUCUGCUCCUCUGCGGUGUUUAGUGAGGGUUCUUUCAAAUGCUACGAGACAAAUGAAGAACUUCAGCCUUUAAAAAAGUACAGAGAGAUUUUUCCCAACUGGCAUAUCCCGGCAGAUCCCAGCAUACAGGCCUCAGACUACUGGAAAUAUGUGAUGGCAAAAUUCAACAAGGAAUUUGCCAUACAGUAUGUCGCAAGCCCUGGAGAUAUCCCCCCCGCCUGGAAACGGAUCACAAAGGAACAGGCAGAAAACAGCCUUAGAGAGUCUUUUAGCAUUAAUUGAGAGCCUCUUCAUCAUCUUGAAGAAGAGUGGCAUCUUGAAGAGUAAUGAAGUGUCAGGCCAUAGUCAAACAUAAUUGUCAGAUUUAAUAGUAAACAAAGAACAUAAAUUAAUAAUACAAGACAUCUGCUUCAUCACUAAGCAGAAGAGUCUGGUGGCUGGAAUGAUAACGUGUCAUACACUUUGCCUCAGUUAGUUCUGUCCCAGCAAUAAUCAUUUAUUUUUGCAUAUAAUCAAAGUUUAGCAACCAUUGAUACUUAAUGAUGUGUUGAUAUUUUUUUUUUAAUGUAUGUAUAUUUUGAGAAUCUGCAUUGGAAUAAUGGUCAUAAUUCAAGAGAUGUUUUCUUGUCACGUUUAGUUUUUAUUUGUGCUAGCAUUCCACUACAUGUUUUGGUUCUUAUGCGGUGAAUGGGGGUUCAUUUUGCUGUAACACUGGGUAAAGUCAAGGCAUUCUUUACUUACAUUUAUUCAGGAAAGUGUUGAAACCAUUGAAUUUGAAAAUUAUAUUGUUCUGAGUCUAAUACUUCUGAACUUUUCACUUUCCAAAGACACUUUGAUAUGAAAUAUUCUAUUGUGUUUUUUUCUCCCCUGUGAAAUAUCAGUAGCUAUUUGUAUUAGCUGAAUAUUUUUUUAUUAGACUGUGUAUAAUACUUAUAACCAGAAGACGUACACACACAAGCAUCCUGAUGCUUCUUACUGUAUAAGUAUUUCACACCAAUUGUAUUCCAUAAUAAUUAAUCACUUUCUUGUAUAUUAUAUCAAUGGCAAAUUAUCUUAACAGUGAGUCUUUGAGGUGCAGUCAACACUCUGGCUAUGAAUGUCUUUAAACAAAGUAGGCUACACCAACUGAGGUGAACGCUUCUAUGUAAACUUUUGUAUUAAAGGGAAAAUGGCUUGCUUUGAAUACCCCCCAAAAAAGCAGCAUUCAUUUUCAAGUGAGGAUUAAGAUUUCCCUUCACUGGAACUAAGGGGCAUAGCCCGAACCAUGAAAAACAGUCUCAUACCAUUAUUCCUCCUCCACCAAACUUUACAGUUGGCACUAUGCAUUGCAGCUUUACACCACUCCAGCCGACGCUUGGCAUUGUGCAUGGUGAUCUUAGGCUUGUGUGCUCUUGCAUGGUCAUGAAAACUCAUGAAGCUCCCAACGAACAGUUAUUGUUCUGACGUUGCUUCCAGUGGCAGUUUGGACCUCGGUAGUGAGUGUUGCAACCAGGACCAUUUUUACACACUUCAGCACUCGGCAUUCUGUGAGCUUGUGUCGCCUACCACUUCGCGGCUGGGCCAUUGUUACUCCUAGACGAACUGACUUGUUGGAAAGGUGGUAUCCUAUGACUGUGCCAAGUCUCACUGAGCUCUUCAGUAAGGCCAUUCUACUGCCAAUGUUUUUCUAUGGAGAUUGCAUGGCUGUGUGCUCGACUUUAUACAUGUGGCUGAAAUGGCCGAUUCCACUAAUUUGAAGGCGUGUCCAUAUAUUUUGUGAAUGUAUAGUGUAUACAAAACAAUACACUAAAAUCCAAAAAAUAAAAAGGAAUUAAUAAAUAUAUAAAUAAAAUAUAUAAAUAUUAGAACAAGCAAUGUCAGUCAUAAAUAUAUAUUUAUAUGAUGGUGUGUAUAGACAUUAUUGGCAGUAUAUGAAUAGAAAAGGUGUACAGCAGUAGUUAUAGGAUAGACCUUGACUAGAAUACAGUUUAUACACUGAGUGUACAAAACAUUAGGAACACCUUCCUAAUAUUGAGAUGCACCCCGUUUUGCCCUCAAAACAGCCUGAAGUCAUCAGGGCAUGGACUCUACAAGAUGUUGAAAGCAUUCUGCAGGGAUGCUGGCCCAUGUUGACUCUUGAUACACACGGGAAACUUGAGUGUGAAAAACCCAACAGCGUUGCAGUUCUUGACACACUCAAACUGGUGCAUCUGGCACCUACUACCAUACCCCAUUUAAAGGCCCAUUCCAUGUCUCAAGGCUUACAAAAUCUUUCUUUAACCUGUCUCCUCCACUUCAUCUACGUGUGUGACAUCAAUAAGGGAUCAUAGACUGACCAGGUGAAAGCUACGUCAUGGAAAGCAUAGCCGCGGGAAGUAGGGUUGCUGGGGGUGCUGCAGCACCCCCUGAACAUUUUAAUAAUUAAAAGAAAAUAUUAAUUAAAAAAAUUGAAUUUUAAAAAUAUAUAUUUUCACAAAAGUAGUGCACUGGACCUUUACUUGUGUUAGCGGCUCGAUAUAGACGUCUGUAGCGCGGCAAAUACUUUUUUCAGCAUCUCUACUUUGGCAAAAAACGUAGUUGCAUCAUUAAGAACAGGUUCUUGCAGGAUUCAAAGCUGUCGUAAAGGGUGGUUACUUUGAAGAGUCUCAAAUAUAAAAUAUAUUUUGAUUUGUUUACACUUUUGUUUUGGUUACAUGAUUUCAUAUGUGUUAUUUCAUAGUUUUGAUGUCUUCACUAUUAUUCUACAAUAUAGUAAAAAAAUUAAGAAAACCCCUUGAAUGAGUAGGUGUGUCCAAACUUUUGACUGGUACUGUAACUUGCUUAAAAUUAGACAGUAGGGUGACUCCCCUAGCGGCCAAUGACGAACGCCCAAACCACUGUCCCAAUAAGGGAUAUCUCUAGGGAAUGUGCUUAUUGGGCCAGUAUAGUUAGGCCUUGUCCAGAAGAAAUCCUAAUCCCUCCUUCCUAGGCACAUGUGUAGAUCUGAAACAACUUGAUAGAUUUAAAUGUGACACACACAAAAUGUAUGGUCACAUUUGUGUUUAUGCAUUGUUUCUUUGUAUUGGGGUUAGAAUACUUUUACUGAAAUGCCAGUCCUCCAAUAUUUAGCCAUUUAGCAUUUAUACUACUGUUGGCCAGUAGGGGUCAGUGAGACGUGUUCGCUUCGCACUGGGACUAUAUGCGAUCCUGCACCAGUGUGUUCUCAUAAUUUACUGUGCUUCUACACUUGCAUUGCUUGCUGUUUGGGGUUUUAGGCUGGAUUUCUGUACAGCAAUUUGUGACAUCAGCUGAUGUAAGAAGGGCUUUAUAAAUACAUUUGAUUGAUUGAUUGAACCUUUGAAAGAGAAGCCACGGUCUCCUGUUUCAUCAUUUAGCCUGUGUUACAUGUCAGUAAAGUGCAACAAUACACUGAAUACCACAAUAUAGUUUUGUAACUUUGCUGUUGAAGUGAAUGUAAUGUUUUGAACAACAUAGUAAUUGUAUAACUUCGUACUAGACAAAAAAACCAUGUCGAGUGUAAAAUUAAAUGAUGGUGGUGCAUUCCUUCGAUCUAGAAAAACGCAUUAACUCCUGAACAUUUUUAUUUUUGAAAAAGACUCCUGACAAUAUCCUAAGUGUUUAGAGAGUUUAAUGCUGUAACUGUGAUG